AUGAUCAUCAUGCGUAUGUGUUCGUGUAGAAGGAUUGUGCUGGCACUGAGCCUCGUGGGACCUCUGUACUUCUCGUUUAAGAGCCUGGAGGCCGCAAACGAAGAGCAUGCGCUCGUAUGGCUCAAGUACUGGACCGGUCUCGGUGUCUACCUGGCAGUGGACAGCGUGCUCACGCCGUUGUUCCGCGGUCCGAUCUCCGAGCUGAUCGAGUGCAUCAAAAUGGGCGUCCUGAUCUGGAUGCAGAUCCAGGCGCCGCAAAUAUUUUAUGACAGUUUCGUUGGCCCACAGCUGUUAAAGUGGGAGCCCGAGAUUGACUACCUCUUCAAGAAAUUUGUUGCUAAACGAUAA